CAAACAUACUUAUGCUCUACUUUCUCUCUCUUCCUUUUUCUUCCACACUUUCUCUCUCUACUCUUCACUCACACACUCACUGUCUGGCUGGCUCAGUGUGAGUGGUGUGGGGAUCUGGAUUCCAGAGCUUGAAAUACCCACUACACAUAUCGACUAACAUCUCUCUUUACGUCUACCAGAUCUCUCUCUCUCUCUCUUCCUCCCAGUUUUUCCUUCUUUUCCAGGUUUGAGGGAGCUAUCAAACAAGAUCAUGGGUUCUAAGAAUGCUCCACCAGGAAGCAGACGAGGGCCAUUGUCUAUAUUUAUGGUUCUGGGUCUGUGCUGUUUCUUUUACCUUCUUGGAGCAUGGCAAAAGAGUGGAUUUGGAAAAGGAGAUAGCAUAGCAUUUGAGAUAACCAAGCAGACAGACUGCAAAAUCUUCAAAGAUUUGAACUUCGAACCGCAACACAAGGAUCUUGGGAUUAUUGAACCUUCAAUACCUAAAGCCAAAGUCUUCAAGCCCUGUGAUGUUAAAUUCAAAGACUACACUCCUUGUCAAGAACAAGACCGAGCAAUGAAAUUCCCUAGGGAAAAUAUGAUAUACAGGGAAAGGCAUUGUCCUCCACAAGAGGAAAAACUGCAUUGCCUAGUUCCUGCACCUGAAGGAUAUAGGACUCCUUUUCCCUGGCCUAAAAGUCGUGACUAUGUUUACUACGCUAACGUACCAUUUAAAAGCCUAACAGUUGAGAAGGCUGUCCAAAACUGGGUUCAGUACCAGGGAGAUGUGUUCAAAUUUCCAGGUGGAGGAACAAUGUUUCCCCAAGGUGCAGAUGCAUAUAUCGAUGAACUUGCAUCAGUUAUUCCGAUAGAAGAUGGAUCAGUUAGGACAGCAUUGGAUACUGGCUGUGGGGUUGCAAGCUGGGGUGCAUACUUGCUUAAGAGAAAUGUUUUGGCCAUGUCUUUUGCACCACGGGACAAUCAUGAAGCACAAGUACAGUUUGCUUUGGAGCGAGGUGUACCUGCUGUUAUUGGUGUUUUUGGAACAAUCCACCUACCAUACCCAUCAAGAUCCUUUGAUAUGGCUCAGUGCUCCCGAUGCCUAAUUCCAUGGACUGCGAACAAUGGUAUGUACCUAAUGGAAGUUGAUCGAGUUCUUAGACCUGGUGGAUACUGGAUUUUGUCUGGUCCUCCAAUUAACUGGAAGACCUACUACAAAACUUGGAAGAGGUCAAAGGAGGAAACUCAAGCAGAGCAAAAAAGGAUUGAAGAAAUUGCUGAAUCUCUUUGUUGGGAGAAAAAGUAUGAGAAGGGAGAUAUGGCUAUAUGGAAGAAAAAAGAAAAUGUGAAAUCCUGCCACAGAAAGUCUGACAAUAUUUGUAAAGUAAACGAUGCUGAUGAUGUCUGGUACAAGGAAAUGGAAGCAUGCGUAACUCCUGUUCCUGAGGUGAGCAGGGCAAAUGAAGUAGCAGGAGAAUUGAAGAAGUUCCCUGCUAGACUUUAUGCAGUCCCUCUGCGGAUAGCCAACGGACUUGUUCCUGGGAUCACAACUGAAUCUUAUGAAGAUGACAAUAAACUUUGGAAAAAGCACGUAAAUGCGUACAAAAGAAUUAAUAAGUUGAUUGGCACCACAAGAUAUCGUAAUGUGAUGGAUAUGAAUGCUGGCCUUGGAGGAUUUGCUGCAGCACUUGAAUCAAGAAAAUCUUGGGUGAUGAAUGUUGUGCCAACAAUUGCUGACAAUACUCUGGGUGUUGUUUACGAGAGAGGUCUAAUCGGCAUAUAUCAUGACUGGUGUGAAGGCUUCUCUACUUACCCAAGGACAUACGAUUUUAUCCAUGGAAAUGGUGUAUUCAGCUUGUACCAAAACAAGUGUGAAUUGGAAGACAUCCUCCUCGAGAUGGAUCGCAUCUUGAGACCUGAAGGGGCAGUUCUUUUACGAGACGAAGUUGAUGUUCUUAACAAGGUUAAGAAAAUCGCUGCCGGCAUGAGAUGGGAUGUUAAAUUAGUUGAUCAUGAGGAUGGUCCCCUGGUGCCUGAGAAGAUAAUGGUUGCUGUGAAGCAGUAUUGGGUUGCCGGCAGUGGAAACAGCACAUCUAAUGAUGAGGAGUAAAUUAGGUAAAUGGCCAUUGAGGAGAGCCCAGGAUAAGAUACAGGCAGAUAUGAAUGGUAAUGAAAUCUCUCUGAUAAAUGGAGGGAACCAACAUGUUCUGAUAGUAAGAGAUGAGUUUGUUUCAAAUUUAAUGAUUUGUUUUAGAAAGUGUUCAUUAGAGAAUAAUUUAUAUAGUUUGUUCUAUUGAUUUCACAGGAAAGAUGUGUAACAAGGAUGAUGAAUAAUUAGUUCAAGAAUGUCACGGUGUUUAUUUGAAGCAUGAAAUAGAAUUCAUUAAGUUAUUUUUGUUCCUAA